AACAUUUAACAUGAUAUGAUAUCUACCUAUGUUACUCUAACCCUCUUUCUCUUCUUUAAUUGUGUGUCACAUCAACAUGUUUACUAGUUUCAAGUGCAUGAUACUAGAUAAGAUACAUGAUACCCCAUUAUGAUCAGCUAAAAAACAAACUAUUAUACCACACACAAGGCCGCACACGCAUACGACGUGCUGGCGUGGCGCCUCUUGAGGCCACGCUCAUAGAUGAACUUCAACAAUGCACGAACGUGCCAGCGUGCGCAGGACCUCACGCCUCCGCCUCGUCUAGUAACCGACGAGUACCGUGAGGAACACCGUAGGCGACAACGCCACCUCCUCAUCGUCGAGGCGGACGAGCAAGCAUGGCGGAGUGACGCUAGCACUACCCGCAGGACGUCGCCAAUGUAAACACCUUCUGGACGAAGAGGAAGGCAAAUAGACGCGCGAAACGGACGGACAUGCGCGGACGGAAGGCACUAGUGAUAUCCAAGUAUGACCUGGAACACGGUGUUGUUCUUUGACGAAGACGAUUCUCAAUGAAAAGACGUAUUUCUAUGCUUUGGUUGCUCACGUGCAAAAAUUGCAGCCCUUGUUUUAGCGGCUGGCGCGUACCAUAUUUGGCGCUCUGCUGCGCUUAAAAGCAUGCACUUUUCUUGUACCGCCACGUGGUGUCCGCCGCCCCGUUUCAUCGGACGCGUCGUCCAAAACAGGCGGCCCGCUCCCUGUUUUCCCUAGGCCGCUCCUCUGUUUCGCCGCCUGUUUCGCGUCCCCGAUCGCGUAUAAAAGCGGAGUCUCCCCCGCAGAGAUCCCCGACGAGACAACAGCAGCUCGCCACUUAAGCAGCAAACCAGGUGCGGUGCAGAGAGAGAAGGAAGAAGGAAGCAAGGGCAGGAGCUAGGGGCUGCGAUCGAUGGCGUCGGCGGCUAGCAGGAAGGCGCCGUCGCUGGUGGUGGCGGCGAGCGUGGGCGCCGUGGAGGCGCUCAAGGACCAGGCGGGCCUGUGCCGCUGGGGCUACCCGCUCCGCUCGCUCUACCGACACGCCGCCGCCGCGCCCAGGGUCCGCGCCCUUUCCGCCUCGCUCUCCGAGGCCGCCGCCGCCGCCACCGCUCCCCGGCCGGCCUCUUUGUCGGCGGAGGACACGAAGCUGCGCAAGGCACACCACCUCGUCUGCUGGGGGCCCAACUGAGCUCCUUUUCACCGCCUCAUGCCUCCAUCGGCACCACAUGAGCCUACAGAAGUACAGUAGCUGAUGAACGCCUUUGUGUGUCAAUGGUGUUGGCAAGAGGAACGGAACGGAAGGCUGAUUGGUUCGCCGGAGAAAGCAGAGGCGUCAUUGCGUGCAGCGCCGGUGAACCGCUCCGGCCUCGGUGGAGGCGGACGGGCCAUGGCCGGACGGUUCAUCAACGCUGCACUCAACGGCACCUCUGCGGCUCUUCCUCCUCUUCGUCUUGCCCAGUAGGAUAGCUUCCGUAGACGCAAGCAGGAAUCAUGGCUUAGCUUUUGAAACCGGGAGAUCCCCAUUAUUUGUACUGACUAGUAAGCUUGGCGACGACGCCGGUUGUACUGCAGUGGAGAACUGACCAACGUUUGUUGUACUACAGAUCGUACUACUCUA